AUGACUGAUCACGAGCGAAGUCGACUGACGGCGGCGGAGGCGGAAAGGCGCGCUGCGACGAAGGCCGUGUAUUUGACGCAGCAGCCGCCCUCCAUGCGCUUUGCGAUUGGGUUUGCGGCUGUGCUGUUUCUCAUCUUAUGCCUUCCGUUGCAGAGUGCGUUGGUGGCGUACCUGCGCCUGCGGUGGGGGUAUCGGAACGGCUUUGCCGUCACGACGAUUGUCGUCCUGGGCGUUUAUCCCAUUGCUGCCGUGCCCUUCCGCUUUCUGGACCGAAGCUGGAAGUGUUGGCGCCCCCCAACCUCCGAGGGAGAGGGCGCCGCCGAGCAGCACGAGCCGGCCAGCGACAGGCCGGCAGCGGCCCCGCCGAUGGAGACGGACUACGUCGCGCCGCAGUACCAGACCAGAUUUAUCCAGAGUCUCUGCACAGCGAAGCUCUGGGCGAUCUUUUGGUCGCUGUUCUGCACACUCGGGACUGAGUUUGUCAUUCUAACAAACUCGCGGUUGUUUUUUUUACUCCGCCAUGUCUGGGGAGGAAAUUGA